AAUGUGAUAAACUCUGUGUAACACAAUGGUAAAAUAUUGGUCUUUUCUACUCCAUGUACUCCAUUUCAAAGUAUUAAUGGCAAAAUUCUGAAGGAAGCUGUUAGAAGAAAUGAGAUUUUGAUCUUGAUAGUCUCACAAACUACACAACUCUGCCUUUCUUUUUGCUGGCUGCUGCUAAAUUCAGGUUAUCGGGCUUUGAGCAUUGUCAUCCAAAAAGAAUUUUAAAAUAAUGAGCACGUUGUGCCCAAAAGUACAAGGGCUGUUCUGAAAGUUAUGACUCCCAUUUUAUUAUGUUGGCCCACAACAUAAUGUGAGGUGCAUGUUGGUGGUAAGGCAGUAGAGGUUGAAUCUUCCUGCCAGUAUUCCGUUACAUCUUGUUGCCAUGCAACAGAUCCCAGCAGAGGGGCAGUCUGGCAAAAUUAUGUCUGACAUGGAACCACAUAUGAAGCAAAGAUGUGGAGCUGAAUCCACGCAGAUUCAAAAAUGCACCCAUUGACACUGAAUGUUCAUGGAGACCAAACAGUAAAUGUUAGCAUAGUGAGGUGGUGUGUUUCAACACUGACAACAGCAAUGUAAAAGAGAAGCCAUCUUCUGCUCCAGCAGGCACAGCUGUCACUCUACGAAAUGAAGAGCAUCUUGAUCAGCUCGUCCAUGCAAAACACUGAUUAUAAUAAGGAAACUGUAUACAGAGCUGAGUAUCAGCUUUGGUGAGUAGGAAACAAUGGUGACAAUGUUGGAGUAUUAGAAAAUUUGCGACAGAUGGGUCCUACAGGUUAGUGAAUACCUAAUGGACCAGUACAAGGCUGAAGGUGACAGUUUCCUGGAUCUCUUCAUUACUGGUAAUGAGAUAUGGUGUCACCACUACGAACCAGAUUCGAAAUGGCUGUCCCUGGACUGAUGAUCUGUGCAGUCCCCAUCAAGAAGUUCAAAUGCAGCCCUCAGCAGCUAAAGUGAUGGGCGUAGUCAUUUGUGAUUAGAAAGGGGUAUCCUUCUGGAUUUCUGCAAUCCCAGACAAACCACCAAGUCAGACUGCUACAUUGUGAUGCUAAGCUGAAGGCUUGAACUAGAAUCAAGGCAGAGAAGACAACCUUUCUCUUGCAACAUGAUAAUGCCGAGCCUCAUGCCAGUUUGAAGACUAUAGAGCAUAUUGCCAAUCUCUGCUGGAGUAUCCAAUCCACCCACUAUGCAAUCCUGAUUUGGUGCCUUCUGACUUCUGUCUGUGUGGGACAAUAAAGAUGGACAGCAUGGGUAACAUUUUUCUAGCUAUGAUGCAGUCAUAGCAACUAUGAAACAAUGGGUCACCUCUACUGGUGUAGUUUUUUAUGAGCAAGGCAUGCAGGGUCUUGUUCAUUGCUGACAAAAAUGCAUAGCUAAUGGUGGAGACUGUUGAAAAGUAGUGUGUUGCAUCUGAGAAUUUACUCUAUUAAUAGUGUUGUUGUGUUGUAGUUUCCAUGGAAAUAAAUAGAAGUCAUUACUUUUGGAGCAACAUACCUAAAAGUAUGUUUCAUUUAUGAUUAAUUAUUGUUUUGGUAUCACUAAAUUUUCUUUAGUGUUGCCUUCAUUUACGAAGAUUCCCAUGGAUUUAACCAUUCGUGCUGGGGCAAUGGCGCGUUUGGAAUGUGCUGCAGUUGGGCAUCCUGUCCCACAGAUUGCUUGGCAGAAAGAUGGUGGAACAGAUUUUCCAGCAGCACGCAAGAGGCGUAUGCAUGUUAUGCCUGAAGAUGAUGUAUUCUUUAUUGUUGAUGUAAAAAUUGAGGACACGGGUGUCUAUAGCUGUACAGCUCAAAAUACUGCUGGAAGCAUUUCAGCUAACGCAACAUUAACAGUUCUAGAAACACCAUCAUUUUUGCGGCCUUUGCUGGAUCGAACUGUAACAAAAGGUGAAACUGCAGUCUUACAGUGCAUUGCUGGUGGUAGCCCUCCGCCCCGACUGAACUGGACUAAGGAUGACAGCCCUCUCAUGGUAACAGAAAGACAUUUCUUUGCUGCAAGCAAUCAGUUAUUAAUUAUUGUGGAUACAGAUGUAGAAGAUGCUGGGAAGUACACUUGUGAAAUGUCUAAUACACUUGGAACAGAACGAGGCAACAUUCGUCUUAAUGUAAUUCCUACUCCCACCUGUGAUUCUCCUCAAAACAUUGCUCCAGCACUUGAUGAUGAUGGAUGGGCCACAGUUGGCAUUGUAAUCAUAGCUGUGGUUUGCUGUGUGGUGGGCACUUCCUUGGUGUGGGUGGUCAUCAUCUACCACACUAGAAGGAGAAAUGAAGAUUGCAGCAUCACAAAUACAGAUGAAACAAAUUUGCCUGCUGACAUUCCAAGUUACCUGUCAUCCCAGGGCACACUGGCUGAAAGGCAGGAUGGAUAUGGUUCAUCUGAAAAUGGUAGUCAUCAUCAAUUCCUCACGUCUUCUGUGGGAGGGUAUUUCUUACAACAGAGGGACAGUAGUGGCAUUUGCCACCUAGAUAAUGGCAGUGAAACAGACUUGGACGGUGUUGCAGAUCCAUUUCUAUGCCACUACCUGGGUACUUCAGGGUCUAUGUAUUUAAAAGGAAACACAUACAGCUCUGAAACCUUUGAAGCAUGCAGCCCAAAUUGCAGCCCUGACCAAAGAACAGCAAACCUGGAUCCUUAUGAGUCUGGAUAUUUAAAGAAAAAGGAAUGCUGUCAGUAUUCACCUCCACUGGAAGAUCCGUUUGACCAGUGCAUUGGCAUUAUUGGGAUGCAGGCUACAAGCAGCAAGUUGAUUAACUCCAUUUAUACUCAAAAUGAAGGAACUGGACUAAAAAGCAGAAGUCUGAACUCAGACAAGCUUGAUUUAAACAGAAGUUUGGAACCCUCAUCUAUUAUCAGUAGUAGCACUUUCAUGGGAACGUUUGGAAAGCCUGUAUGGAGGCCUCAGUUGGACUCCCUUUCAAGUCGUAGACAGCCAGCAAGAUGUCAACCGAAAACCUUCCAUAAUAAUCCUCAUUCCUCAUUGGACUUUGAUCCAGAAGCAGAUGAAGAUGGAAGGGAAAGGACAGUUUCUAGAGGAGAAAACAGCAUUUACAAUUACAAACAGUCCUUUGAAAACUUCAGAACUUUUACUUUUCAAUCCUGUGAUUUGGAUACAUAGCUCCUUUUGGACCUGCCAUUGAUUUCUGAAACCAAAGAAAUACUUUGACACGCUACUACCUCAGUGUGGAAUUUUAUUUAAAAAGGGGAAUAAGGAAAGGAAGAAGGGAAGAAAGAAACCACAUGAUGCUAUGAAUUCAGAACAAAUAAAUGCAUUUUUAUUCAAAUAAAACAGAAUUGCCAAAAUGCUCUAAAUUUUUAUACAGGGAAUACAUUCCUUAUAAAAAUACUAUAUUUCUAAUUAUUUUAUAGCUUUGUUUUAUGCAAAUAAUAUCUUUUGUAAAUUAAUGGUGUAAAUAAUACAGCAUAUCUAUUUCUAUGUCAGACUUCAUUUUAUUGAAAUGAGUAGUAAGCAUUCUAAUUUUAUACUGUUACUUGUAUCUUUUUUACAAAUGGAAACUCCACGCUGUUUGCAGGUAUCAUGCAUCUUAUUUGCACAUUAUUUUUAAUAAACGAUGCUGCCAUGUGGUCUCUGACCCACAUUAAAGUAUGAAGAAUGAGAAGUGUGAAUUCUGUUUGUAAACAGAGGAAAGGAGUGUUAAAUGUGUAGGUUCCUUCUGUUAAAUAUUUGCACCUUCAUUUGCCUGACAUUUGUGUCUCUGGACUUAACUGUGUUAAAUGUGUUCUGCUUCCAAGGGUAGGCGCUUAUUUGGUGUCUGGUAAGUUGGGUUGAAGCCCUUUAUGCCAAAAUAAAUAAGCAAAUCUUCCA